CUUAGUGCUGAAUUUGUCCGGAGCUCCAGCGGUCGGCUCGAUGGUUAGUCCCGGUCAGCCCUGGGAGGCGAGCUUGGAGUCGGAGAGCGCUCGGUGGGCCGAAGACUCGAUGUGAAGCGGCGCUGGGAGGGAGGGGCAGGAUCCCGAUCAACAGAACUAGGAGCGGCGCGGAGCUGCGACAGAAACUGAGAGGGAUCCUUGCACCGGGCCCAAGCCGGGCCCAAGCCGGGCCAGCCCCCGACAGCUCGGGUCCAGAGCCGCCGCCUUCGUUCACCGAGCAGAGCUUCUUCCUCCCUUCCUCCCCACACCCGUUUAUCGGUUCUCAGCCGGGUGGAACUGCUGAAAUUUGCUCGGUAUUGCAGACCAGAAUGGAUUCUGUUUGUGCUGGGACGAAAAUUCACCGACAAAUCGUUCAAUGAUCUGGGGCAGGUUCAGCUCCUACACAGCUAGGAUCAUUCGGGGCUAACGUAAUUCUGUCCCGGGAUUCUCCCUGUGUGAUCGGUCUGUCGGAGGGAGUCUAGCUUGGAUCCGUCUGCAUCACGGACCUGCACUCGGACCCAGCUGAGUCAGGAUUGUUCCAGGUCGGACCCGCCUGUUCCAGCGUUCCCGGUUGGACCCAGUUGACCUGGGAUCCUGGGCUGGAUCCAUUUGUCCACAUUUAGAUCUGGUUGUCCUAGGGUCCCGGCUUGGAUCCGACUGUCCGGGAGCCCGGGUCAGGGCUUCUUCUGUUACUCAUUGUUGGGUCACACCACACAGAUGUUGCGCCAACUCCGGCUUAAGUGCCGCUGCCACAUGUUGUUCAGUGACUUGAAGGUUUUGCCGCUCCGGCGACCUGUCCCUCUGCUUCCUGUGAUGAAUUACGACCAUAUUUCACGGCCGACCACCCAUGGACUCCCGUCCAACAACAACAUUCUGUUGCCGGCUGUUAAGGGGAACAAGUGGAGAUCAGGCGACGCGGCGCCGGCGGAGGACUGUUGUCAGGAGCAAGGUUCCAGCAGCUACGAGCAGGCCACUGCCAUGGCGAGUUCUUCGGAAGAGGAGUAUUAUCGCAGGAAAGGUGAAGACAGAGUGUCCCUGAGCAGCAGCAUCGCCAGUGGCUGCAGGUCCCCCCAGUGCCGCAUCUGCUUCCAGGGCCCCGAGCAGGGGGAUCUGCUGAGUCCAUGUCGCUGUGCUGGUUCUGUUCGCUGUACACACCAACCGUGCCUAAUAAAAUGGAUAAGUGAGCGAGGAUCCUGGAGUUGUGAGCUGUGUUACUAUAAAUACCAUGUCAUCGCUAUCAGUGCCAAGAACCCUCUCCAGUGGCAGGCAAUAUCCCUGACAGUGAUUGAGAGAGUACAGAUUGCAGCUGCAAUCCUUGGCUCCUUGUUCCUCAUCGCAAGUAUUUCUUGGUUGGUCUGGUCAACUAUCAGCCCAUCAGCAAAGUGGCAGAGACAGGACCUCCUCUUCCAGAUCUGCUAUGGAAUGUAUGGAUUCAUGGACAUUGUCUGCAUUGGACUGAUUAUUCAUGAAGGACCAUCCGUUUAUCGUAUAUUUAAACGCUGGCAAGCUGUUAACCAGCAGUGGAAAGUUCUGAACUAUGAAAAAUCCAAGGACAUUGAGGAUCAGAAAGAUAACACAAACCAGAACAGGAACUCAGGGACUGAGCACUCUUCCAGCACACAAAAUAAUAGCCAAGGCAAUCGGCCAAUGAUAUCUGUGUCCAAUCAUUACUGUGCAUACACUAUCCUGCACAUUCUCAACCAUCUAAGGCCUAACGAACAGAGGCACCAAACAAGUACAGGCCGAGAAUUGGUGAUGAGGGUGACUACAGUGUGAUGCCAAGAACUGCAUGAUGAGUCAUUGUUAAAUUUGCAAUGAUUUCAGGAGGAAGAACAAAGAAGCCAAGACUGAGAUUUGGAUGGUAGAGGUCCACACCAAACUCCAUGGUUGGACCAAUGCUGCCUGUGGAAUUAGAUCACAUCUGGAACUGAAUGGUGGAAUGGAUAUUCUUCCACUUCUCAAAUUACUGUCACUAAAUAAUCUGAACACACAUGAAAUGACAUAAAAUGGCCAUAAUGGUUAAGCAAUUCUCUGAACACUACUAUUCUUUUAACUCUGGUUCUGAGUGUUUCA